UCAACUUUCAAUCGUUAAACAAGAUUGUAAAUUAUGCAAACGCUUUUGUUGCCGCCCACCGCUCGCUCCGGCAUCCUACCGCCGGUGGUGGGGCUGUUUCCUUCCCACCGCCGUGCGCUGUCCUUUAAUAUCGCUAGUAAUGUUGGUUUGUGUUCGCCAAAUUGUCUCUCCUCUGUCAAAACCCUUCAGUCUUCUUCUAAUUGUGGAGGAUCAAGAUACUCAUUCGCUAAACUCGCUUCGUCUCCGGUCACACCUGCUUUUACAUCUCCCAUCGACGAGUCGGAAAAGGCAAAACUUGCUCAGGUUGCAAAGAGAUUAGUGAACACAUCGAGGAAUUUCAAGAGGUUGGGUAGUUUAGGGUUUUGGGGACAGCUAGUGUGCACUGUGGUGGCUGCAGUGAUUCUGUCUUUUUCUAUUGUUGUUACUGGGAAGAUCACGUCGCCUGCCAGCUUCUAUGCCACUGCUGGUGGUAUUGCAGCUGCAUUUAUUUCAGUGUUUUGGUCAUUCGGGUAUAUUCGGCUUUCUGAGAAGCUUCGGAAAACUGCAAGUGACCCUUCUAAGGCUCCACCUCGUGCUGAUGUGGUGAGAAGCUUGAAAAAUGGCAUAGUAGUGAAUCUUCUGGGAAUGGGUGCUGCUAUUCUUGGAAUGCAAGCCACCGUGGGACUGCUGGUCGCAAAGGCUCUUACUUCCUCAGCUAAUCCAUAUUACCAGGGAGUCCCUCCUGGCUACAGUCCUGUUUUGGCAUUGGAUGUAUUCCUUGUGCAGGCAUCGGCAAACAACCUUUCUCAUUUUCUGGGGCUUGUUUUCUCAUUGGAGCUGUUGGGUCAUGACACACCAGCUUCAGAAACCAUACCAGUUCCCAAGGUUGCAUGA